GACCCCCCCCCCCCCCGCUUUCUAAGCUUUGGCAUGACCUGCACUCGUGUGUUUUGUGUUGCAUUCCACUGUUGGUUUGUACGUUUCAAUGUGAACACCAGGUAGUCUACGGAGUAUUGAGUCUCCAACUGGUCUGCCCGCGCAUCGGCCAACAACCCCCAUGCUCAUCUUGCCAAGUUCAAUAUUGAACCCUGGUCCACUCGUCUCGUCUCGCGUCAACAUCUCGUCCUCUUUGUCUGUCUCAUCCGCACUGCGCCCUUCUUCUUUCUGGCGACCAGCGCAUCCCAACAAGUGGAGGCAGGAGUCGGGGCCCAACUGACAUGCUGUCCAAUGCUUUCCAAGGACAGCCCCCGUCAAAAGACGGCUGGCGAAACGACGGACCAGCCUCGCCCGUACCGCAACGGCCAUCCACGCCUUCGCCAGAGCUACCACGUAUCACAUCCGACAUUCCAGAUUUUCAAAGGCCACCCCAGCCAGGGAACCCACAGGGCCCAAGUCCCGCGCAUGUCGGCCACGACGCGAGCUGCCGCCCACCUUGGUCGUGCUCGCCGUCACAGCUGCCGCCCAGCUCGGCCGCGGAGACAGCUCGCACACCGGGCCAGGCUCGGAUCGAGGUGGUCCUCGACGUCUCCCCACACAAGCCAUCCCCACAGGGAGGGCUCUUCUUUGCGGAGGCCGACCUCGACCAUGAGCUGGUCACGUCAGACCUCACGGCACGCGGAGCCCUCCCAGCUGCCCAGGGACCCACACCAGACGCGCUCGCCCUGGUGACGCCCGCCCCACCCACCACAGCAAAACGCGGGCGAGGACGGCCCAAGGGCUGGCGUCCCGGCAUGCCCUCUUGGAAGACGGGCCUACCCACGGCGGCGCGAGCUCCCACCGCGCCUGGGCCAAAGAGCACCGGGCAGAAGCGGAGGGGCCGGCCCCCACGCCAGCCUUCGCCGACGCCGCGGGAGCUCUUUGAGAGGCAGGCGGCACCUAGAUACAUGCCCUUCCUAUGCGAGUGGGCCGGCUGCAAGGCGGAGCUUCAGAAUCUCGCGAGGCUGCGGAAGCACAUCCAGGUUGUUCACGGGCGAGUGGAUCCACUGCUGUGCCGCUGGGCACACUGCCAGGGCAACACGACGGUGUUCGCGCACGAGUCCGAGUUCCAACAUCACGUCGACGAGGAGCAUCUCACUCCAUUCGUAUGGCACGUUGGGGACGGGCAGCGGAAUGAGCAGCCCGUAAACCAGGAUGAGAGUUCCGGACGGCCGCCAGCUUACCUCCUCGGCCCGGACGGCGAGCAGGUGACGCCGUCAGUUAAAGACCAGGAGAUCCAAGACUUCCUGACGUGGCGAGAGAACCGGCGACGGCUCAAGCACAUCCUCAUGCAGCGGGACGCUAAUGCCCCGAGCGAGGAUGAGGACGAGGAGGCGUCGAAUGAAGAGCCUCUUGACGCUUAGAGUGGGGCGAGCCCGAGCUGUCAACACACACGAGGUGCGGCUCAGUAUUGGGGCUCGUAAUCGGGAAAUUCAUGGAGCAUUGCGCUUGCUCUUGAGUGGUUGUCACAUAAUUAGAUACCCCAAAGCUACACGACCCGACAAGAAUCGCAUGCUCAGCCACGGCAGACCGGUAAUUGUGCAUUGCGAGCGCGAAUCACCAUUCAUGUGGUCCCUUCGCAACCACGUGAGAUUGCCAGGCAGGGUGGAUAUAAGCUCGAGGCAAUGGAACGAAGCAGCGCGAGUAAUUGCUACACCGCAUGUACACUACCCACGCGCAGGCAUCAUCAUGUCCGGCCGCCCGUGGCUUCCCAACUUCCUCAACCCCUGGGCUCGGCAUCAACGGGGGGGCUGUCGGCUGGUACGGAUUUGUGGCCUCCUGAGAUUGGGGCUCAGCCCUGCGAGGACUGCAGGGCGGACGGAACGGCCAAUGCAACACAGGGAAGCGCAGGGACCGGGGGGACAGGCAACGCUAGGCGAAGGUGGUCAGUGGUACGCCGCACCGGACAUGACAUGACGAGGACAGCAGCGAGCAGCUGGGCUCAGGGCGGAUGAUUUCCCAAAAAUAAGUGCAAGGGGGCUACGUCACUGCGUGGAGCUGGGUGGGUUUCUAAACACCUCCUUGACAAAAUUCUUAAUAGCUUCUACCACGUACUCCGUACUGUGCACAUCCCCGGCCGGUUUCGAAAAAGAGGCAUGGGAUGGGGAAAAGGUUUGAUGAUGAGCUGGCAAAAUGCCGGCGGGCGAAGGAGCCGCUGGGUUUCUCCUGGCGAUGCCGGGAUGCUGCACGGAGCAUCGCGAGUUUGGAUUGUCUGGGAGCCGAGAUAAUUAUUACCCGCGAGGUGCAGGACCACGUUCAAUGGCUUGUUUGCGCAUUGCGGUCUUGUGGGAAUGGGGGAAGGUGCACUUGGUCUCCGGGCCGAGUCAGGCUCUCGCCAUGGCUACCUACUACUAGGUACCUAGGUACCUAGGUACCU